ACUCACAAGUCAGUACGGUGUUGCACAAAUCACUCUGACACAGGAUUCAAGAUGGCGUUGUAUCUUCUACUGCUGAUGGUCACAGCCUGUGCUGCCACUCCUCAAGAUCUGUCAGGUCAAAUGUUUACCUUCCCGCAAGAAACUAACUCAGCUCAUGUGAGGCUGACAACAUCAAGACAGGUUCUGAGUGCUGUAACCGUCUGUUUCAGGUCCUUUUCAGAUCUCCGUAGAGACAUCACCCUUUUCUCUUUGUCCACACCUUCCGCUGACAAUGAUUUUGGGAUAUAUAAGCUAGCUGCAACUGAUGAGUUUGAAAUGUGGAUCAGGAAUACAAAAAUGGACUUCAUAGGGCAGGACUACAAACUGAAUACUUGGCACUCACUUUGUUCCACCUGGGACUCUGGAUCUGGACUGUUUCAGAUGUGGUUAGACGGACAGCCCUCAUCUAGGAGAUUCAUGAGCGCUGGAUCCAGCAUCAGUGGGCACAUUAUAAUUGUUUUAGGCCAGGACCAGGAUUCCCAUGGUGGAGGGUUUGACAUUGCUCAGUCUUUUGUUGGCAUGAUGUCUGAUGUCCACAUGUGGGACCACGUCCUCUCCCCCUGCGAGAUCCAGAACUACGUGCAUCAUCUAAACUUCCCCCCAGGGAACGUGCUCAACUGGAACGAGCUGGAGUUCCAGAUCAUCGGAAGAGUGCUGAUAGAAGACAAACAAAAGGUUGAGACCUGCUAUUAAACCUUAUGCAUAGAAAGUGAAUAAACAAUAUGAAAAUACAUUCACUUAAGAGAGAAUAACAUCAAUGCAUUCAAAUGAACUUUGAAUACAUAAAACAAAGGUUUAUCGAUCGUCACCAAAUGAUUUUAUAUCAG